GAUGGAAAGAAUCACAGAUAAUGUUCGUGCGAGCACAGCUCUGAGGUGCCUCUCAAAGCUGUUAAGGCUCCUUUUCGUUAACUUAGAGCAGGCAUGGAUUCCUGAUGUCCUCUUUAAUACUAAAGAAGAGAAAUACCUUCUUCAUCUGCUGCGCUUCUGACUUGAGAUUCCUUGGAACUGUGAGGUGAUGCACAGAUGAAAUCUUCUGACAUUGACCAGGAGUUGUUCACUGAAAGUUACUGCAGAGUGUGCAGCGCACAGCUGAUAUCCGAGUCCCAGCGCGUGGCUCACUAUGAGAGCCGGAAACACGCCAGCAAAGUUCGCCUCUAUUACAUGCUUCACCCCAUCGAUGGAGGCUGUCCAGCCAAAAAACUCCGCUCAGAAAACGGCAGCGAUGGUGACUCGGUGGAUAAGAACAAAUGCUGCACGCUAUGUAACAUGUCCUUUACCUCAGCAGUGGUGGCUGAAUCUCAUUACCAAGGGAAAAUCCAUGCCAAAAGGUUAAAGCUGUUGCUAGGUGAGCCACCGGCGCUGAAGGCCACAGAGACCUUGGGCUCACUGAAGCAGCCCCGCGUGGAUCGGCCUCCAGCAGCAUCCCCACCGCAGCCACGCAGGGAUUCGGAUCGCUACUGCCAGCUGUGUGCUGCGUGGUUCAACAACCCCGUCAUGGCCCAGCAGCAUUACGAUGGCAAGAAGCACAAGAAGAACGCGGCCAGGGCUGAGCUGCUGGAACAGCUGGGGAAGACGCUGGACCUGGGCGAGCUGCGAGGCCUGAAGCGCAGCUACACGUGCAACAUCUGCAACGUCACACUGAACUCCAUAGAGCAGUACCACGCGCACCUGAAGGGCUCCAAGCAUCAGACCAACCUGAAGAAUCAGUAGCAGUGCAUGGCAUUGGAGCAAGGAAAAGCACUGAGGCCUCACCUGCAGGGAGGAAAGCUGCUAUCCUGGACACUGACCCCAUGCAGUGGAUGACUGACACGUAAUUAACCCUCGCUUUGGACAGAUACACGGAUCUUAAUAUUAUUAUUAUUAAUAAUAUUUUUUUUAAUUUUGUGGUGAGUUAAAAAUAUUUCAAUGGAUUUUUUACCCUUUCAAGAUAAUAUUUAUUCAGCACAGAGUUUAGAGAAUGAUAACUAUCCUGUAAAUACGACAGCUUAAUCAUCACUCAUCGCCACAGACAGAAGAAAGGAACUAUUUUACUUUUUCAUAUUUAUUCUUAGAUUUCUUCCGAGAGUAUAAAAAUAUUCUAUCACAUUAAUCCACGGUAGUGAUGUAAUCAGUCUUCAACCAGAAAUAAACAUACUUCCUUCACCUUCUCCAGCAUGGUUUUGUGCCGACACGUUGCCAGCCAAAAGUGAAUCGCAGGGAUUGAAUAACGGCUGAAUGUUUUCCUUUCCUCUUUGUCUUCAGAGGAACAAACGGUUCACUGAGCGGAGGAAGCUAAAGUGAAAGCGUAGGAUCCUUGCCAUGCCUUUAGGACUGCUGCUGGGUGGAUGGGAGCUGUUUGCUCUGCUGACUUUGGAUGCACGCCGAUGCUCAACACCCCUCGUUCUGCAGCAGGGCGGCGGGUGCCAGGCAGGGAUGCUGCCAUGGAGGCUGCUUGCAGGACAUGGAUGCAGGAGCCCUGUGGGGACAAUUCCCAGUGCCAGCUGUUCCAGAGAGCCUCCCGGACCUGUCAGAGGGGCUGCACAGCCGAGGCCCCGUGGCGGGGAAUGGGUCCUUGCUAACAGGGAGGAAAAAGCCACAAAGGAUUGGAAAGAAAACAGUGCAACAGCCUCGGAUGUCCAGGAGGAGUGCUGUGCAGAUCUCAGCUGGGUCCUCAUCUGCAGCUCAUCUGCAAGGUGUGAAUUCCUCACCGGUGUUGGGGUGAGCUGAGAUGUGAGUAUUUACCCACUGGAAAUGAGGGGGUUUGCAGUGGCGUUAGGCUUUCUGCUGCAGUCAGCAGAGAGGAACCAGAUUUCUUGCCCAGCCUGCUGCAACGUGAAGAACUGAGAUAACCAAGAUCACAUUUUCAAGUAUGCCCUACAAGCGAUGCAGAGCAACCCUUGCUGUGCCCCGUGUUCUACCAGCUCCUUUAGUGCACUUUGCAUGCAGCGAACCUGCCUUGAGAAUGUUGGUAGAGAUUAAGCACCACCUCUUCCAGAGCAAUCUGGUUGGUUUAUAUAUCUGUAGUAGCACAAUCCUUCUGAGACUGCCCAUUUCCCUGCUUCUGCAUCUCCGAAAUAACAGGCUCUGACAUUUCCUCUUUGAGCACCUCAACCAGAGGUUGCCUGCUGUCUUUGGAAGGGAGUGGUGAUGCCUACAGCUCCAUCAGUUCAUUUAGCAGAAAUGCAGCAUCUGAAAGUCAGCAGUGCCCCUCUCUGCUUGCUGGCUCUGUGUUGGGAAACUGAAUUUAACCCACAGGUUUGUGAAUUCUCUGCCUGGUGAACAAACUGUCCAGAGGUGGUUAAUCUGCAUCCUCCACCCGCUUCUGUGCACACUGAUAAAUCAAAGCAAAGGAAGAACGUGCUGCUCUGCAUUUUGGCGUUGAGCAGAGCUGUCUUUCAGAUGAGGAGCAGUUGGGCACAUCACCUGGAAAGCUGCAGCUGUGGUGCAAAUAUCAUUUGAUGUGUUCGUAGCAUCACUGCUGUCACUGUAUGUCUGCAGUGUGGUUGCUGGUAAGUCAGCGAGCUCGGUAGCAGAGGUUGCUGUGGGCAAUGCCUGCUCAUGGAGGAACAGAAAACAGUGUCACUGCUGCUGGCAGCUCUGCUCUUUGUGCCUCUCCCACUCCGGGAUGUUUGCUGCAGGGCUGUGCUGCUGCACCCGAUGGGCACUGCGAAGCUGCUCAGCUCUCCUCCCUUCUGGCAGUGCUGUGCCACCGGUUUUAAUUACUAUCUCACCUGGGACUCUGAAAUCCCUCACUACCUCGCUACCUGUUUGAUGAAAACAAACCCUCUUUUGUUGGUGAAAAUGAUUAUUUUACCUUGAAAAGGCAAUUAAAAGCCUGAGCUCACCAGAUGUAUUUCUAAAGGACCCUUUGCAAAUCUUUGGGAGAGAAGAGAAAUAAUUCUCCUAAAUCAGGAGGCAGAUCAAUAACACACGUUGCUCUGCAGAAGGCUGUGUUUAUUUUGCCUGCCAGCAAUGAAGCUCAAUAGACCCCCACCAGUCGAAGAAGAAAUGAGACCUCUGUGGUUUUGCAUUGUGGGUUUCCUGUGUCUGUGUUUUUGGUUUUGCUCAUUUGUUUCUGUCAUAUGAAAUCUAUUGGUAAAUAAUGGGCAAUGAUCAGCACUUUAUUUUCAUUUGGCAUUUAAUCAAAGGGACGUGCUACAUCUGUACAAUAGCUGGGCUAAUUGCUCGACCAAACAGGACAAACCAUUGUUCAUCCUCACGGCUGAUAGAAUAAAUAUGAAUACGGUCGUGUUUGAUCAUAGAGAUUACAAAGAAAGUGGGGCAAAGACCCCGCUCCUCUUUUUUAGCUGCAUCAGGUAGGGGGCACAGAAGCAAAAUUCAGAUGGUGGAGGAAAACGACUGCAUUGCUGAGGAGGACAGGAGUGCAGCCUUACAGCGUGACCUUUGGUGCUGUCACAUCUUCCCUGACUUCUGCCUUCAGCUGUGCAGAGGGAAAGGUUGGAUGUGCUGCAGCAUGGAGUUGUUUACUCUCUGGGGUCAGUAGAAGUGCUAAAGAAGCUCUACAUGAUUAAUUUGUGCUCUUGCAUCAAUGCCUUUCAUGUGUGCAGGAGAAUGGGCUGUUUGCAGAUGAAUAAGCAUCUCCUUGGGUUCCAUAGCUAUGGGGCUCUUUCAUUUAUCGUGGUCUGGGUGAUAAUGUAAGGCAGUGUUUCUGAAAGUAAACUGCCUCUUGACAGAGGGAACGUGGUACAGAAAUAGAGCACACCAUGCAGGCGAGUGGGGAAUUUUCUGAGCUCCUUCCCCCCGGACUCCCACAACCCUCCUCCUCCUUCCACUUUGUGCUCAGGGUGCUGCAGAGGUGAUGCUGCCAAGAGAAAGGAGAAUUUCCUAACGUGUGUGCUCAGGUAAUCACAAUGAGCUAAUUGCAGCAAAAUUAAUUACAGCACAAACACAAUCUCUUUUCCUGGGAAGGUGUGCAGAGAGCUCUGCUCCUGCUGCAGUGUGCUGGGCUGAGCAGCCAGGAUGGCCCCCCCAGCUGUGUUGCCUGCCUGCAUGGCUGCAGGCUUUGGUCCCUAAAUCCUUCUAAUCUCUUCCUUUUCUGAAGUUCAUUAGGCCUUCAAAGCAAGACAUAAAAAGACAAAUCUCCUGGUGGGAAGUCAGCAAUCCCUGCAGAAAUGCCUCCAGACCACGCACUUUGCUCUGAUGUUGAGAUGGGUACAGCAUCCCAAGCUUAAAGGCUGUGCAAUAUAUCUGGGACCUUUGGCAAAGGAAGCAGUGAAACCCUUGCAUCCCUCAAGGUUAGUUUAAAUUGAGAGGGUGAAGACUUUCGCUUCUAAUUUCUUCAUUAAAGCUACACAGGCUGCAUUUUUCAUGCAGCACAGCCGAACAUUACAGGAGGUGAUUUUGCACCGCUCGGACAUUUUUGCAGCUCAAAAUUCCACGUAAAAGUGUCUGUGAAGAUAAUAACCAUCGGUCUGGCUGCAUCAGACACACACACAUUCCUGCAGAGCAGUGCUAACGGAGCACUGCUGGUGGCUGGAGGUGUGAUUCUAACACCAGAGCUGCGAUGCUGUAGAUGUGUUCUGCUCAAGUUCUGUAGCACACACCAAUACCGUUCCUCAGGCUGUGAUGUGAAGCUGUCCAGUGAUGUCUCAGAGGGCCACGGGCUGCUUCCCUGUGCUGUUCUAUGCUCAGACACAUUACAGCACAAAUAAUGCAUGUUUUCUUAACUGGUUUCCCGUGUUAAGGCAAUAAAGCUCUAUGGCAACAGUCUGUACAGUGACUCUGCCCUGAGGCGCACCACUUCGUAGGAAGAAAUUAAUCAUGGGAGAAGAAUGCUCCCCGUGUGUAAAUGGUGCUUGCUUCGUUAAGUUCCUCUUGCAUCAGCCUCAUUAGCAAGCCCUGACCUUUAGAUCCACUUUCCACACUUUUCGAGUUCUAUGAGUGAAAUCCCUCCUCCAGGCUGUGCCGGGUGCUCACCGUGGUUCUCUGGGUCCUUCUGAGCUCCCCUCCCACCAAAAGAGCAGAUUGGAACCUCUGCGUUUGCUGCAGUGAGAGGCAGAGAGAACCCAAUUUGGUUGUUAAAUAUUUGUGACCUAAAGAAAGAAAAAGCAAACAGGCAUUAACAUCCCAACGUGUUCCCCACUUAUAUUACUGCACCCAAGACUCCAGGAUACAUAUUUUAGUCUAUUUCCAGUGUCAGAAUGGAGAUGAUGGAGGCAUUCCUGCUGUCCCAGCAAUGUUUCUCUUUGCUACAUGCUCUUCCAGCUGCAGGGCUCUUCAGACAGAGCCACGUCCUGCACAUCAGAGGGCUCCAUUUGCAGGUCUUUACCUGCAGGUGUUGCUGUGCUGAUGCUAACAGGGCACCCUGGCCAUCAGUGGGGUUUGCCGUACCAGGGCUGGCAAGUUUGAGCAGCAGCCCCUCUGUGGUCUGCUGCUCACUAAUCGAGCCUCGUGGUGUGCUCGUACAUCUCUGACAAUAGCCUUUGUCUAAUAUGUUUUUAAUCAGUGUGUGCAUUUCAAUUUGCAUAUUAAUAGCAAGGAGAUGUUAUUGUACAGUGCUGUUGAUGAGGCUGUCAUGCUCAGCCGUCAAGCUGAGCAGAGAAAGAAACCACGUCUAUUGUAAAAGAGGUGCAAUUGCACAUGUUUUACCAUCUACCAUUCUCUAGUUAUCUCUGCCUUUCGUUUUCCUUGAUAUCCUCAGAUGAGUGUGUUCUUUCUUCUGCUUUUUUUUUUUCCCCCCAGUGAGCAAGCAUGAUUUAAAAGGAUUUUUGGCUGUUGUAACAGCUCCAAGCCAGCCUAAAUAUCACAUUUCCACUGGACGUUUUUGACUUGCAAAGUGGCAAAAGCUUGAUUUCUUUCUGCUUUCCCUAUCCCCUUUCUCAGCUCUUCCCCUGCUGUCAGAUGGCACAGACACUGCCAGGGCUUCGGAGUUUUGGGAGGUGAGUUUCUGCAUCUUGGUUUUGCUCUUCACCUUCCUUCCCACUUGGCUCAGCAGGAAAAUCGCCCGAAGGCAAAAAGCCAGGAGUUAAAGGAGAGAAAUUCAAAAGAGAAAUGAAGGAAACUGGAACCAGAAGGAAAAAAUCCAAAGGAAAAAGAGCAUCCCCAGCAGCCUGAGCCUUCUAAUUGCCGUUGGAGCUCCCUGGCAGGUGGAAGAAAAGGAAAUAGUUUGGCCAGCACAGGCUGGGUGCUGAGGAGCUUGCUGUGUGCUGCUGGGACUGAGCAGCAGCAUUCAGCCCGGCUCGCUUUUAGCAUCUCUUCAUUUCCAACAUGCUCUCCUAAUCCGGGAUCAAAGCACGCAGUCAGCAAAAGGCAUUUUGGAGGGAGAACAGAGCUCUGUUUUCCAUCCGUUCCCCUCUGCCAACAAAGCUGUUCUCGCUGAGGAGCUCCCAGCACGGGGUUUGGGAUCCCACCGGCUUCUGGGAGCGGAUCUCUGCCCUCCUGCAAGGAACAGAACUCAGAGAGAGCCCCGUGAGCAUCCCCUGUGCCGUGCGGGACGGCAGCAUCAGGCACACAACUGCAGAGCAGAACAGGCAAUAUUUUGAAAGAAGAACCUCCCCGCUAGAUGGGAGGCAGUGCAGAAUGAGGGGUUUUCUUUUCUCCACGAGAGAAGGAAUGCAGCUGCUGCUCUGAAAUCAGUCUGAAUCCUGCAGACAUCCACUGUUGUGUGGACAAAGUGCUGCGAGGUGGGAGAAAUCCCCGUCAGCAUUCGCUGCAGAGAAGGUGGAUGGAGUAAUGAGAGCAAGCAGAGGCGUGGGAUGGAUGUUUCACUCCAGAGCUCCAAACCAUUUAUAUAAUCAUAGUUGUUAUCGCAGUAAAUGUAAAUAACUGAUUGAGUUCAAAUUUAGUGUUCGACGACGCUGAUUCUUUGUGAGUACACACUGAAUUCUUGGAGAAUUACUUUAUUUCAUCAGAUAGACCCACAGUGUGUUCAACAGCCCUUUAGGCAUUUAGGUAGGACCAUACUCUGUGAUUUUUCUUGCUCUCCAAAGCAUAAAGCCUCUUACAAGUUCAUGUUUUAAUCAAUUGCUUGAAUCAAAGUAUGUGGCAGUUUGGCAGCUUGCCCUUUGCUGCAUCGCUAUAGCUGCAAUAAUAGCAAUAAUGGUAUCAUGAAAAUACAAAAAGGCUGCUUUGCACCUUGUCAGCCCACGGCAAUGAAUAACCAGGAUGACCUUAAUUUGUUUUCUAUCGGAUGUGUUGGCCCUCAACCUUCAGUAGCAUCCAAGAUGGGCAUGGGAGUCACAGUCCAUCUCCCCACGCUAAGCAGCAGCCUCCCUAAUUAGUGUGUGUGCAUCCCAGCAGCUGCUGCUCUGGUCAGGGUCACACGAGGGCUUCACCCUGUGCAGUUUCUGCUCUGUGCAGGAUGGAUGCUGAGCCCUGCAGCCAGGACAGAGCAGGACAGACCCCAUUGUGGUGGUCCCAGGGCUCUUUGCAGGAGGCUGUGGUGGCCAAAUUGAAGUGAGCUCAGCACUGUGGGGAUGGAGGGGGGUUUCAAAGGCUUGGAGGGAGCUGCAUUCAGAAAUAGAUCAGAGCAGCACUUGCAUCCAAAAGGGAAAAAUAGUAAAAAGUGGCUUCAAAAUAGCACUGUCCGUGAUAUCCCACUUGUGCAAGCUUUUAAUGAGGCUGGUGCUGGUCUUAACAGGAGAAUGGCCUCAAUUCCAUUAUAGCUCUCUUAAUGAGGGCGUUAUUAUCAUUGUUGGGAAAUGGAGAAUGCAGCAGAUGCACGGUGUUAAAUAAUGAACAGGGGACUCAGCUGGAGCCAGGAGAACUGAUGGUGCCCUGCUGGGGACGAGGGGGCCCUCGGAUGGACACUGCAAGGAUGUGCUCUGUGUUCAUCCCUGCAGAGCAGAAGCGUGGAGAUGUUUCUGCUGCUGGGUGCUUCGAUUCUGCUGAGAGAGGGCUCCUGGGCUCCUGCUUGGUCGGUGCCAUGGGGCUCUCAUCCCUCAGUCUGUCCUCAGGGCAGAUAGCUCACAUCUAUGCCUUCUAUCACUCCUGUAAGUUUCAGCAGUGUGCACCUUUGGCAAGGUCUGGCCCAAGCCCAGCUGAGUCUCUGUACCACCACUGCCUCCCCCUGCCCUGCUAUGAGUCACUUCCAAACACACUUUUAGUUCAUUAAUGCAGAGAUGCAUUAAAAUGAACCUCAGUAAAAUGGCAGUGCUGAUAAAAGCAGCCCCCAUCCUCCACCCACUCCCUGCCCCGGUUGCUCAGGUUCGUUUCUGUCUUUGAAUCAGACAGAGGGAAACUCCAGUUUUCUGCAGAAUCACGUCUGGGUCCCAGAGGGAGCCUGGAGCAGACACACAGUUGUUGUGUUCCUGCAGGGACACUGUGGGGUGCAGCUAAAAGGAAUGAAUUGCUUUGGGGCAGUGGCUUUGGGGGGGUGCAUUGGCACGUAGUGUGCAGUCCUACACAGCCUCAAGGAAUGCAUUUGUGCUGGUGAUGCCCCAACUUUGGGAUGCAUUGCAUGGAACAAGACCAAGCCAGGUACUGAAUGACAUAAGGUUUUUUAGCACCGAUGAGUUGGAGAUGUUGAUCAUGGGGUGUUAUUCCAAGAGGAAAAGUCAAAUGGAAAUGGAGGAUAAGGAUGCAAGAAAUAAAGCAACUUGUAGGGGAGACCAAAGCCACCACUGGGAUAAAUCCUUAUAGAACAGAGCUGAAGAGCCAGAUGAUGACGUGCUCUUUCCUAGUGAAUUUACUCAGGGGCAAUGAGGCCCUGAGUGAGCAGGGCAGUAUAAAUCAGCAAAGCAUCCAAUACAGCCCAGCUGCACUGACGUGAGCAGAAAUUUAACAGCUCCAUCAAGCUGUUAAAUCAUUUGCACAAGACAAGCAGUCAAGCCCUUUUUUUUUUUUUACCACUAGAAAGCAACAUUUUGCUAAAACUCAUCUUUAUUUUGAAUGUUAUCCUCAGCAUCACAUUGGUGGCCACUUAACAAUAAGUGCCUGAAAGCAAGAAGGCAAAAUCAGCAGGAGCACAGCUGGGAAGUGCUGAGCAUUUAUUUCUGUGGGGCCUCAGACAUAGGGAGUGUGGGCUGUGGGGCUGUUGGGAUGUGGGGUUCUGCCUGCAGACUUUGUGAAAUAAUGGGAACAGAGACUGUGGGAGUUCCUGCUGGCUUUCUCCUUCACCAUCAGCUCUAAAUCAGUGUUUGUUGUGGUGGUGGUGAUCUAAGAGCAUAGGCAAAUUAAGGUUUAUAGUAAAAAAACAAAAUUUAGAGCAAAAUGCACAGCUUUUUUUUUUUCUUUUUAAUCAGAGCAACCAAUACAGUUAGGACAUGGAUAAGCUUUAGGGCAAAGAGGCCUCAAAGGACUUCUCUGGGUCUGAAACAGAAACAAAAAGCUUCAAGCAAGAUUCAGGCUGGAAAAAAAUUUCUGCUUCAGUUUAACAUAAUUAUGGCAACAAAUUAGAGUUAAGAGGAAAAUCUAGCAGUAAGCACCUGUGAGAUCAGCAGUUGUAAACUUUGUGUAUCAUUUCAAAUCUGGGAUAUUGGAAUCCUGCUGCAGCCAUCACCUGAUUUCCCAGUAUUUAAAAUGCAUUUACUGUUUUGGAAGGGACAAACAAAUUGGAACUGUCCCUUGGCAGAUGUGGGUUGCACACGCUGUGAUCUGCCUGUGGGGGUUUUGCACAGCCUGGUGUUUGUAUGGGGCAGUGCCCAACCUGGCUACUUCUGUUCUGAGAACAGCAUCUCUGUGUAUGUCCCAUUUCUGAAGCAAGCACAAUCAGAGAUGUAUUUCAAAAGGAAUGUUAAAAAUAAAUGAUUUGA